GUUUGCAUGGGGAGCGAGUUCCCCCUAGUCGCAAAGACCGCUGUCUGCCCAACUUGAGUAGGAUUUCAGGCAGGCCAGCGUUGGCAUAGUUUAUAAUGGGCCCUCCGGGUCUUGGUUGCGUCAAGUAGGCAGAGGAGGAGCCCCGCAAGGUCUAAUUUACAAAGCAGCUUUCUUUGGGGCGCUGGGCUAUCCCCUUCAACCUCUCAGCCCCCAGCGCCCGGACUAGCCCCGCUUUCAGACAGCCAGCCUUUGGGAGCUGACCACAGCAUCACCAAAGUCAACCAGCUGCAGCAGGGCACGGCUUCGGCCUCGUCUGCGCUUGGCCUCACCAAACCCCGCUUUGGUUCGGCGGUGGACGAAUAGCAGCCUCUGCGAGCUUUCGUCAAGGACCUUCGGUCUGCCCCAGGGCAACCAGAGGAUAAUCGCCUCAAGCUUCUUUAGGAGGGCAUUCAGCAGGGUUGCCACUCGGAGGCAGCGGGCGUGUCGCCACGCUUGCAGAUCCCGUUCGCAGCUCGCGCACCUACUUGUGCCGAUACUUUGCGGCAUAGCAACUGAAUAGGGCAUAGCUGAUCAUCUUGCUAACGGGCUUACGAGUCAGUUCCGGAAGCAGACCGGUCAGCGAUGGCUACCCCCGGCGCUGCUGCCGCUGCGGCAGCGCAGAAUUUCCUGGCGGGCCACGACAAUAGCCUCGCGGCGUUGCUGCAGGAGCUUGGUUAUGGCGCCACGGUCGAUGAGCAGAUUUUUAAGGCGAUUUUGCGGCACCUGCCCGAACCCCCGACGGAGCAGGCGGUCGCAGACGUCUUGCUGCUCAUGGCCCGCACCCACACCGGGCUCAAGGAGCCCCUCCCCUCGGGCCUGUGGCUGGCGCUGGGCCUGGGCCAGCCGCCCGCGGAGGCGGCCUCCCUGACCAGCUGGAACUGGCCGCUAGUGGUGGACUGCCUGAAGGCGGCCGCGCAGGGCCAGUCUGGCCGCCUGAGCUGGGCCAAGGUGGCCGAGUGCAUGGACAGCGAGCGGGCGCUGCUGCCGGACGCCGCGGCCUUCACGGUGCUGGCCUCCGCCUUCCGCCGCGGCGCGGGCGAGCAGCUGCCGGUGGCCGCCCUCACCGGCCGCAUGUGGAAGACCCCGGCGUGCCAACUAUCGCUGCUGAAGCUGGCGGCCUCGGCGCCGCCCGAGGUGUUCAGCUUCGAAAGCUCUAAGCGGUUGGUGACGCCGUUGGAGGGCAUGAACAUUGCCGGCAUGAGCCCCAACCGUGCCUGGGCUUCAGUGGACCUGCUGCAGGCGCUGUGCAUGCUGAUGGAGGGCGCGGCGCUGGUGGGGCCGGCUCGGGACGUGCUGCAGUACCCCGCUGCCGCCUGCCCCGAGCUGCUGCUCAUCACCAUCUCGGAGACGCGCACCACCUGGAACCUGCUGCAGCGCGACGUGUUCGCGGCGCUGCUGCCGCAGCACAUCACCAAUGCGGCGCAGGUGGCCACCGGGCCCACGCUGCCGGCCGGCAAGGCGCGCAGCCGCGAGCUGCUGACGCGCGUGUGGUCCGCCGCCCCGCCCGAGGUGCUGCUGGACCUGCUCAUCGAGCUGUACAUGCAGGACCCCGCCACCACCACGCCCCGCAUCGCGCGCGUGUGCAUGGAGCUGGGCGUGCUGCCGCAGGUGCUGGGCUCGCUGCCGGUGGGCGUGUCGCUGGAGGUGGCGGCGUACGCGGGCGGCGCGGGCAUGCUGAACCUGGAGGCCUGGCUGGGCGACUACUGCAACCGCGACGUGAUGUCGGUCAUGUCGGCCAUGAUGCGCCUGGUGCUGGACAAGGCCGACCCGCAGCCGCAGCCGCCGGGACCGGAUGGGCAGCCCGGCGCGCCGCGCGGCGGCGGGCCGCCGCUGGCGGCGGAGGCGGCGCGCGCCAUCCUCAAGGUGCUGCAGGCCUCGGCGCAGGCCGGGCUGCCGGUGGACCUGGUGCACGAGAUGAAGAACGUGCAAACGGCGAUCGCCAAGCAGUUCCCCUCGCUGGCCUCCCAAAUCACGACGCUGCACGACACCUUCGCCAGCGACGUGGAGGAGGAGGCGAACAGCUACUUCCAGGCGAUCUACAACGAGCAGCGCCCCAUCGACGAGAUCAUCGCGCGCAUGCAGGCAUACAAAUCCUCGUCCAACCCCCGCGAACAGGAGGUGUUUGCCUGCAUGAUCCACAACCUGUUUGACGAGUACCGCUUCUUCGCGCGCUACCCGGACCGCGAGCUGCACAUCACGGCCGCGCUGUUUGGCUCGCUGAUCAAGCACGGCCUGGUGAGCAGCAUCACGCUGGGCAUGGCGCUGCGCUACGUGCUGGACGCGCUGCGCAAGCCGCCCGGCAACAAGAUGUUCAUCUUCGGGCUGGAGGCGCUGCGCCAGUUCGCGCACAUGAUUGCGCCCUGGCCGCAGUUCUGCGCCGCGCUGCUGGCCAACCCGCAGCUGCGCGAGGCGGACCCGGAGCUGUUUGCGCGCGUGGAGGCGUCGCAGCACGCGGCGGGCGGCAACGCCGCCGUCCUGCCGCCGCCCACACCCACCGUGAGCGCCGGCGCGCCCGGCGGCCCGCCCUCCGGGCCGCCCAGCCAGCAGCCGGGCCCGCAGGGGCAGCAGCUGGACGGCGGCGCCGGCGUGGCGCCGGACUCGAACUCGCACGGCUCGUCGCGCUUCCUGAACCUGCAGCCCGCGGACACGCAGGGCCCCGCUGCCUCGGGCAACGGCGCGGACAUGGAGGUGCCGCCGCCCAACGCAGCCGGCGGCCGUGGCGGCAAGGAUGUGGGGCCGUCUGGGCGGGAUGCGCAGAGCAUGGCGCCGGGCGGUAAGAUUGGCGGCCGCGACGCGGGCGCUGUGGGCGGGCCGGCGGCGAGCGGGCCCGCGACGGCGUCUAGCGCGACCGGCGCGGCGGCUGCGGCCGGCGGCGCGCAGCCCAGCAACACCAGUCUGUCCAUGGGCGACGGCGACGCGGUGGGCAUCAACCUGGCGAUGCAGGUGGCGGCGGCCUCGCUGGCGCCCAACAUGGGCCCCUCGCUGGCGGCGCUGGUGAACACGGAGAGCCUGGAGAGCGCGGCGGAGAAGUACCGCGACUUCAAGGAGCCGCCCGAGGCGGUAGCCGACAAGAUCCACUUCAUCAUGAACAACAUCACCAAGGACAACAUGGAGCCGCGCAGCAGCGAGAUCCGCGACCGCGUGCUGCCCGACUACCUGCCCUGGUUCGCCAACUACAUGGUCGUCAAGCGCGCAGCGCAGGAGGCCAACUUCCACACGCUGUACAUGUCGCUGCUGGACCAGCUGGGCGACCGCGAGCUGUACCGGCUCAUGGUGCGGACCACCAUGUACUACGUCAAGGUGCUGCUGUACAGCGAGCGCAUCCUGAAGGAGUCCAACGACCGCGCGCUGCUCAAGAACCUGGGCACCUGGCUGGGCCUGCUCACCUACGCGCGCAACAAGCCCGUGCUGAGCCGCGACCUGGAGCUGAAGCAGGUCAUCUGCGAGGCCUACCAGCGCGGCCGCCUGAUCGCGGUGCUGCCCUUCGUGCAGAAGCUGCUGGAGGGCUGCCGCCACAGCCGCGUGUUCAAGCCCUCCAACCCCAUGGUGGCCGGCAUCCUGUCCCUGCUGGCGGAGCUGCACGCCAUGAAGGGGCUCAAGAUGAACAACGCCUUCUCCAUCGAGCUCAUCUUCAAGGCGUUCGGCCUGUCGCCGCACGACGUCAAGCCCAGCGACUCGCUCAAGACGCAGACGCGCGAGCGCAUCACCAACCCCGACUGGCAGCUGGAGUCCAUCCAGAACGAGUUCCAGGGCGGCCCGCCGCUGCCCGACGGCCCCGGCGCCAAGCCCGGCGGCGUGCCCUCCUCGCCGCAGCCGCCCUCGUCGCAGGCCGGCCAGCCGCCCGCCUCGCCCGGCCAGCUGUCGGGCCAGGGCGUGCGCCCGCCCGGCGUGCCGCUGGUGCCGCCCGGCGCGCCCGGCUCCAUGGACACCACGCCCAAGGCUGGCAUGAUGGGCGCGGGCGGCCCCGGCUCCGGCCCCGAGGGCAUGGGCGGCUACGGCGGCAUGCCCGGCGGCAUGGGCGCGGGCGGCGUGGGACCCGGCGGCGUCGGCCCCAACGCGGCUGGCGCUGCGCGUGGGGCGCCCGGCAUGGGCGCCGCCGGCGGCGUGCCGGGCGCGCCCGGCCUGCCGCCCGACGGCGGGCUGUUUGCCAACCUGCACCAGCACGUGAUCAUCAACCCCUCCCUGGGCGACAUCCCCGACCGCCUCAUGCUCAAGCGCCACGUGCCCGCGGCCGUGGACCGCGCCAUCGGCGAGAUCAUCACGCCCGUGGUGGAGCGCAGCGUCACUAUCGCCUGCUACACCACGUACGAGCUGGUGCUCAAGGACUUUGCGGGCGACCCGGACGAGAGCCGGCUGCGCAAGGCCGCGCACCUGAUGGUGUCCAGCCUGGCGGGCUCGCUGAGCCUGGUGACGGCCAAGGACCCGCUGCGCAUCAGCCUCACCAACCAGCUGCGGCAGAUGCUGCAGCCGCAGGUGUCGGACGCCGCCAUGCUGGACAACAUCGUGUCGGUGCUGGUGAACGACAACCUGGACCUGGGCUGCACGCUCAUCGAGCGCGCCGCCACCGACAAGGCCGUGCGCGACAUCGACAAGAGCCUGCAGGCCGCCUACGACGAGCGCAUCAAGGCGCGCCAGGCCGGCAAGCCCUGGGUGGACCCCGCCGCCUACCACGGCGCCGGCAGCCGCUUCCCUGGCAGCCUGCCCGAGGGCCUGCGCCCGCGCCCCGGCGGCAUCCAGGCGCACCACCUGCGCGUGUACGAGGACUUCACCCGCAUCCCCCGCACUGCGCCCGCCGUGCCGCCCCCCGGCACGCCCGGCGCCGUGCCUGGCGCACCCGGCAUGCCCGGCGCACCCGGCACCGGCGUCCCGCCUGGCGGCGCCCCCCCGCCGCCGCCCGGCGUGGCGCCGCGCCCGCCCGGCUACCCCGGCGCGCCCGGCUCCUUCCAGGGCAUUGACGCGCUGGUGGCCGCCGCUGCGGCCGGCGGCGCCGGCCCCGACGGCACCGGCGGCAAGCCGCCCGGCGCUCCCGACGGCGCCGCCGCGGCCGCGGCGCUGCUGGACCGCUACCUGCUGUGGCAGCAGGCGGUGGACGCGGCCAUCGCCGCCAAGGAGGCCAACCCCGGCGCGGGCUCGGACCAGUCCGACCUGCAGGCGCUGCUGGCGGAGCUGUCGGAGGCGCUGGCCUCGGGCGCCGCGCCGCCGGAGGACGCCGCCGCCUUCUUCGCGCGCCGCAUCCUCAAGCACCUGUACGACUCGGCCGCCGCGGGCGGCGGCGGCGGCGCCGGCGGCGCGGGCGGCUCCAAGCUGUCGCUGUCGUUCCACGCCGCCUGCCUGGAGCUGCUCAACAGCGCGGCGCCCGGCGGCCGCGUGGUGAGCGAGGUGACGCUGGGCUACCUGGCUGCGGAGGACGAGCGCAAGUUCGCGCCGGCGCUGGUGGAGAUGCUGCUGCGGCUGCGGCUGCUCAGCCUGCCCGACCUGGACGCCUACAUGAACAAGCUGCUGCAGACGCCCGCGCUGCGUACGCAGGGCGUGUCGGACAUGGUGCUGCUGCUGCUGCGCUUCAUGGCGCUGCGCGACGGCGCCGUGUCCGCGCCCGACCUGCCGCUCACCAUGGACUUCCUGGGCCGCAUGGCGCUCUCCAACCCGCCGCUGGCGGCCAUGGUGGAGGCGGCGCGCAAGGCGGUGGUGGCGCCCGCCAUGGCGCGCCCGCACGGCGAGAUCCCGCCGGCGGUGCGCGACAAGGCCGCCGACCCGCCCGGCCUGCGCGACCAGACGCUCAAGCUGUUUGAGGAGUGGGUGCACCUGCUCAACAUGCACGCCGAGGACAAGGCGCUGCUGGGCUUCCUGUCCAACCAGGUCCGCUCCGCCGGCGUGCUCAAGAUGGACGACACCACCGACCGCUUCCUGCGCACCCUCACCGAGCUGGCGGUGGCGCACUGCCUAGCCUCGGCGGAGGCGGCGGCAGCCGCCGCAGCCGCGGGCGCUGGCGGCGCAGGCGCGCCGCCUCGCCCCGGUGAGACGGCCGGCUCCGGGCCGCUGAGCUACAUCGCCACUGACGCGCUGGUAGCGCUAGUGGCGGCGCUGGUGGUGCAGCUGGGCGGCGGCGAGACGCUGCUGGGCCGCUACCUGGGCCUGCUGGUGGGCGUCAUCAAGCGCGACGCGGACGAGGCCACCGUCAAGUUCAACGCGCGCCCCUACCUGCGCAUCUGGGUCGGCCUCAUGUCCGAGCUGGGCGUCAUGCCGGGCUCGCACGCCGCCGCUGCGGCCGCCGCCGCGUCCGCGGAGGGCGCGCCGCCGCCACCCGCCGGUAGCCCGCCGCCCGCCGCCGACCACGCGUCGCAGCUGCGCUACCUGCGCGCCUGCGGCAUGGCGCUGUACGCGCUGCAGCCGCUGUCGGUGCCCGGCUUCGCCUUUGCCUGGCUGGAGCUGGUGUCGCACCGCGCCUUCAUGCCGCGCGUGCUGACCGCGCCGCUGGCCUCGGGCUGGCCGCUGUUCGCCUCGCUGCUGAUUGCGCUGCUGCGCUUCCUGGAGCCCUACCUGCGCGCCGCCGACCUGUCGGAGAGCGUCAAGCAGCUGUACAAGGGCUGCCUGCGGCUGCUGCUGGUGCUGCUGCACGACUUCCCCGAGUUCCUGUGCGAGCACCACUUCAGCCUGUGCGAGGCCAUCCCGCCGCCCGCGGUGCAGAUGCGCAACCUGGUGCUGUCGGCCUUCCCGCGCAACAUGCGCCUGCCCGACCCCUUCACCCCCAACCUCAAGGUGGACCUGCUGCCCGAGAUCCAGCAGCUGCCGCGCAUCGUGCCCGACCCCGAGACGCUGCUGCCCGAGGCCCUGCGCCAGCAGGUGGACGCCUUCCUGCGCACCCGCACGCCCGCCAGCCUGCCCGUGGACCUGGCCAAGCGCUGCAUGACGCCCGCGCCCGACAAGGCCGGCGCCGCCGCCGGCGACAAGGCCGGCGCCGCCGCCUCCUGGGGCGCCAACGGCGCCGGCAGCAGCUCGGCGGCCGGCUACAACGUGCCGCUGAUCAACGCGCUGGUGCUGUACAUUGGCAGCCAGGCCAAGACGGUGUCCAGCCCGCUGCACCCGGGCGCGCAGGAGAUGUACGUGCGCAUGGCGGGCGAGCUGGACGCGGAGGGCCGCUACCUGCUGCUCAACGCCAUGGCCAACCAGCUGCGCUACCCCAACGCGCACACCUACUACUUCUCCUGCACGCUGCUGACGCUGUUCCUGGAGUCCAAGAGCGAGGGGCUGAAGGAGCAGAUCACGCGCACGCUGCUGGAGCGGCUGAUCGUGAACCGGCCGCACCCCUGGGGCCUGCUCAUCACCUUCAUCGAGCUCAUCAAGAACAGGCGCUACAACUUCUGGGCGCACAGCUUCACCAAGUGCGCGCAGGAGAUUGAGAACCUGUUCACCAGCGUGUCGCGCAGCUGCCUGGGCACCAACCGCGAGCAGGAGGAGGCCGCGGCGGCGGCGGCCGCGCAGCAGCAGCAGCUCAAGGACGGCGCCGGCGGCGUGGCGGUGCGGGCCUAGGACGGCCUCGCGACAUGCAGCAGCGGGGUAGACGCCAUGUAGGGCCGUAGCAUAUGUAGGCAUGAGCACGCGGUCACGGAUGUGCUGCGUCCGUAGCUAGGCUGAAUGACGUUUCGAGUUUGACGCUCUGCACUGCAUGAAUGUGGGGCCUGACCAGUGCUGCAAUAGGGAGACAUGGCAAGACCGCUGCAGGUACUGAGCUGCUACGCAACGAAUGGAUCGCCCGCAACAUGUACGCACUUUUGGAGUGUCUGUGUCUUCUGCUUUCGGGAUGUGGGACUGAUCUGGGUGCGGGCACGGCUACGGCGCUGUCUCCGAGAAUGGUGGUGUGGAGAGGGAGGAGGGGCCUAGCCAGCAAGUCCCGGAUGUUUUAUCGCGUCCCGAGUGUGCGAGUCCCAGUGUAGUAUUACCGUGUGUGGAGUGGGCAGGGCGGCAACUGUAUCCUACACAACGAACGAAGCACAGCAGAACUGAAAUGCACUGGGCAAGUGCCUCCCGUCCUCUGCCGCCUUUUGAGCAUGUGUGUAUACAGCCGGUCGCCUCUUGUGUCGGGGGUGGGGCCUGCAUCCACGGAGGGUGAGACGCGCGUCGACUGUGUGCGACAGUCGUGGAUGCCUGGGCGUGUUUUUGUGGUUUUCCGUACAUGGUUGCGCCGGGAGGGGAUGCACGUUCCGAGCACGGAUGCCCAGCGAUGUGCAUUCUGGAGGGUGGGCUGCUGGCGGUUGACGAGCGCGAGCGGUUGCAGGGGUGGGGGCAACCCUGCACGGCAGCGGGAGUCUGGUGGAACCCUGAGGUUACCUACUGUGCGCCUGUGGUGUGGCUGGCCGCCAGGUGGUCCGCAGUUGCCCUGCUCGGACGUGCAGCCGGCGUGGCAGUGUGUGUGUGAGGCCGCGUGAAGCGCCGCAUGUGGGUGCGGCCCCCGGGCAUGAGGCGGCGGCUGGAGUGUGUCCGUCUCCAGAGCAAGGCGGCAGGUGCGGGCGGAAGCAAACAUGCACAUGUAAGGACUUACUGUU